GGGCGGGGCCGCAGGAGCUGUAGGUGUUGCAGCUGGGUAGACAGGUGCGCGAGGCAGAGCGCCUGCGACCCGUGGCAGGGCUUGUAGCAGCUCAGAGAAAAGACUGCUUUUAGCCAGGUUUUUCAGUAUCUGUAGACAAGAUGGAAUCAACUCCAUUUAAUAGACGGCAAUGGACUUCACUGUCAUUGAGGGUAACGGCCAAAGAACUUUCUCUUGUCAACAAGAACAAGUCAUCUGCUAUUGUAGAAAUAUUCUCCAAGUACCAGAAAGCAGCUGAAGAAGCAAACACGGAAAAGAAGAGAAAUAACACUGAAAGCCUCCCGCAGCCCUUUAGAAGGGGGAUCCUGACUGUGUUGAAGAAGAAGUGGGAGAACCCAGGGCUGGAAGCAGAGUCUCACACAGACCCCCUGUGGAACAGCAGCGCUGAGGUCAGGCACGGAGGCAACCAUCCUCCCGCUGAAGUGGCAAGCAGCUCUGCCUCUGGGACCGAAGCUGACCAAGGGGAACGGGUCCGUGCCAGACCUAGACUUGGAUCACCUUCUGAAGCCCUUUUUCAGUGUCAGUAUCCACGCAUCGAAGACAGUGCGCAUCUUAAAGACGCCCCCACAGAAAGUAAAAAAAUGGAAAAUUGUCUAGGUGAAUCCAGGCAUGAAAUAGGAAAACCGGAAAUCAGUGAAAACACAGAAGCUGCAAACAAAAUAGAAAAAUACAAUGUUCCGCUGAACAGGCUUAAGAUGAUGUUUGAGAAAGGUGAACCAACUCAGACCAAGGUCCUUCGAACCCAAGGCCGAAGUGCAGGUGGAAGGAGGAUCUCUGAAAACAGCUGUUCUCUGGACGAUUUGGAAAUAGGCCCAGGUCAGUUGUCAUCUUCUACGUUCAACUCAGAGAAAAUCGAAAGCAGGCGAAAUCUGGAGUUGCCACGCCUGUCAGAAACCUCCAUAAAGGAUCGAAUGGCCAAGUAUCAGGCAGCUGUAUCCAAACAGAGCAGUUCCAGCAACUAUACAAAUGAAUUGAGAGCCAAUGGUGGUGAAAUCAAAACUCAUAAAUUAGAGCAAAAGGAGAAUGUGCACCCAGGUCCCGAGGUCUGCAGCUCCCAUCAGGAUGGUGAAAAGGCUUCGGCAACCGAGAAUAGCCUGGCAGCCCAGUCCACCCCUGCUAAAGAUGACUCCCAUAAGCAUUUGUUCUUAGAGCUGGGGGGUAACUCCCAGGUUAAGAGUGAGGUUCAGCAGCCUGUCCAUCCCAAGCCACUAAGUCCAGAUGCCCAAGCCUCCAGCCUUUCUGAAAGUUCUCCUCCCAAAGCAGUGAAGAAGUUUCAGGCCCCUGUGAGAGAGACCUGUGUCGAAUGUCAGAAGACAGUCUACCCGAUGGAGCGUCUCUUGGCCAACCAGCAGGUGUUUCACAUCAGCUGCUUCCGUUGCUCCUAUUGCAACAGCAAACUUAGUCUAGGAACAUAUGCAUCUUUACAUGGGAGAAUCUAUUGCAAGCCUCACUUCAAUCAACUCUUUAAAUCUAAGGGCAACUAUGACGAAGGCUUUGGGCACAGACCUCACAAGGAUCUGUGGGCAAGCAAAAAUGAAAAUGAAGAGCCUUUGGAGAGACCAGACCAUCCUCCAAAUGCAGGGGAGACCCCUCAGAGCCCAGGAGUAGAAGAUGCCCCCAUUGCUAAGGUGGGUGUUCUGACUGCAAGUAUGGAAGCCAAGGCUGCCUCUCAGCCGGAGAAAGAGGACAAGCCGGCUGAAACCAAGAAGUUGAGGAUUGCCUGGCCGCCCCCCACUGAACUUGGCAGUUCAGUGACUGCCAUGGAGGAAGGGAUCAAAGUAUCCAAACCCAAAUGGCCUCCAGAGGAUGAAGUCAGCAAGCCUGAAGCUCCUGAGGAUGUCGAUCUAGAUCUGAAGAAGCUAAGACGAUCUUCUUCACUAAAGGAAAGGAGCCGCCCAUUCACUGUGGCAGCUUCAUUUCGAACCGCCCCUGUCAAGAACUCAAAAACCUUGUCCCCACCUAUCAGGAAAGGCUGGAGCAUGUCAGAUGAGGAGUUUAUAGGAGUAGUAGCAGCUGAAAGAAAACAAGUAGAAAAUGCCAACACCUCCGAAAAGAAUGGGAGUGUGGGAAAAACAACUUGGCGAGACAAGGAAUCUAACGAAGGGGAGACAAGGAGGAGAAGUAAGGAAGUUCAUGGUUUUGAGAUGGGGAGUGACAGUCUUGUAGAAAAUGGUGCAAACUUAGAUGAAGAUGAUAGAAACCUUUUCAAACAGCAGUCUCCACUAGAAGCCAAGUCUACAGAUUGGUCCAGCUUUGUAGACACCACCACCAAUGAAGAAUUCACUGCUCAGAAUCAGAAAUCUCAGGAUGUGGGAUUCUGGGAUGGAGAGGUAGUUGAAGAGCUGUCUGUGGAGGAACAGAUAAAGAGAAAUCGGUACUACGAUGAGGGUGAGGAUGAGGAAUGACAAAAUGCAAUGGUGCUGGGCCUUAAAUUUAGUGUUAGUGUUAGUAAGCCACUGCCCUUUAUCAAAGUGAUGCAUGUAAACAGGUAUCAGCAUGAACAGUAAUUUAUGUGGAAGUAGCUUUGGAAAAGAGUUCUUACUUCAGAAAAAUCCCAUACUGCAGCUUAAGUGAACCAAUUCUAAGUGCUAGAGACAAUAUUACUUAAAUCCUCUAUUUUAGUAAUGAUGAUAUACACAAGUUCUUUAAGGUCUUAUGAGGGGGAGGAAUAUUCCAACUGAUACAGUCCAGAUUCUGCUGUAUUCCCCAAAGGCAAUAGGAAAAUAGGUGAUUAGUAGUACACUGUUACACUCAAAAUUCAAUUAUAGAAUUAGGGAACAUAUAGAAGGGAUUUAGGGACCUAAACAUUAUAACUGAAUGCACUUUAGUAUAAAGGGCACAGUUUGUGUAUUUUUAAAUGAGUACCAGUUUGUUUAGUGUU